UAUAUGCAUUUGGCGUUCCGAGUCGGAGGUAUAGGAUUCAGUUGAUCAGAAACUGAGAGACAUACAGAAAGCAACAAAGCUAUAACACUAUAUAAAAAGAACUCAAAGAACUCGACCCGGACACACUGUCAAUUUCCGGGACGGUUGGCAGCUGUUCCCAUUGUCAGUAACUGAGGUGGCCACCAGUUGACUGGAGUCGGAGGUAGGCACCAGUUGAUCAGAUACUGAGUUUUUGCUGAUUUGAUCACCAAUGCCCACUAUCACUGUCAAAGUUGACCUUAAAAUAUGUGCACUUGUGACAUUGGUUCUGGUGUGCUGGCUAUACAAUGAAAUUGAGAAGAGGCAUUCACUGGAAAGGGUCAUAUCUGAGAAAAAUCGCAAGCUGGAAAAUGACAUUUACAUCAUUAAACAAACUCUGGGUAAAAUUUCGGAUGUGCUGGAAACAGACGUUUCGGAGCUUAAGGAGGGACUAUCCCAUGUUAAUGAGGAGCUACAAGACCUAAAAGCUGAUGUUAAAAUAAUCAUGGAAGAGACUAUGGGUACAUCUGACAAGGUUGAAAAGAUACACCCAAGUGUCACUAACAGUGGAGUGUUUAGCAAUGUAAAGAAUGCAGUUCAAAUUACCAUAGCUGCAGACCUAGGAUAUUUUUUCCCUAAGUUACAUGUACUUGACUCUGUGUGCAGUUAAGUUAUUAUGUGUAAUGAAAAGCACUAAAGUGCAAACCCUCGGCUCAAAAAACGCGUGCGUUGUAGCGUUGAUGUAUGAUACAUGGACUGGGCCAUGAGUCGUUGACGGAGCC